AUGCUGUCUUCCCGCAUUUCUCGCGCGCUUCCUCGCGCUGCUUUCGCUCGCACCCCUGCCUCCAGACUCCCUGCCGUCCGGCGAUGGAACUCCACGGAAGCUGGUGAGGGUGAGAAGGUGAAGGGCCAGGUCAUCGGUAUCGAUCUGGGUACCACCAACUCCGCCGUUGCUAUUAUGGAGGGCAAGGCCCCCAAGAUCAUUGAGAACGUUGAGGGUGCCCGCACAACUCCUUCCGUCGUCGGUUUCGCCCAGGAUGGCGAGCGUCUCGUCGGUAUUGCCGCUAAGCGUCAGGCCGUUGUCAACCCUGAGAACACUCUUUUCGCUACCAAGCGUCUCAUUGGUCGCAAGUUCACCGAUGCUGAGGUCCAGCGUGACAUCAAGGAGGUCCCCUACAAGAUCGUCCAGCACACCAACGGUGACGCCUGGGUUGAGGCCCGCGGCCAGAAGUACUCUCCUUCCCAGAUUGGUGGUUUCGUCCUCAACAAGAUGAAGGAGACAGCUGAGGCCUACCUCGGCAAACCCGUUAAGAAUGCCGUCGUUACCGUUCCCGCUUACUUCAACGACUCGCAGCGUCAGGCCACCAAGGACGCUGGUCAGAUUGCCGGUCUGAACGUCCUCCGUGUUGUUAACGAGCCCACUGCUGCCGCUCUUGCCUACGGUCUCGAGAAGGAGGCUGACCGCGUUGUCGCUGUCUACGAUCUCGGUGGUGGUACCUUCGAUAUCUCCGUUCUGGAGAUCCAGAAGGGUGUCUUCGAGGUCAAAUCCACUAACGGUGAUACCCACCUGGGUGGUGAGGAUUUCGAUAUUACCCUGGUCCGCAACAUUGUUGAGCAGUUCAAGAAGGAGUCUGGUGUCGAUUUGUCCGGUGACCGCAUGGCCAUCCAGCGUAUCCGUGAGGCCGCCGAGAAGGCCAAGAUUGAGUUGUCUUCGUCUCUCCAGACUGAGAUCUCCCUUCCCUUCAUCUCCGCCGGUGCUGGAGGUGCUCUGCACAUCAACCAGAAGAUGACCCGUGCUCAGCUUGAGGCCCUCGUGGAUCCCCUGAUCGCCCGUACUCAGGAGCCCGUGCGCAAGGCCCUCAAGGAUGCCAACCUCAAGUCCAGCGACAUCCAGGAUAUCAUCCUGGUUGGUGGUAUGACCCGCAUGCCCAAGGUCACUGAGUCUGUCAAGAGCAUGUUCGGCCGUGAGCCCUCCAAGUCGGUUAACCCCGAUGAGGCUGUUGCCAUUGGUGCCGCUGUUCAGGGUGCCGUCCUGGCUGGUGAGGUUACCGACGUUCUCCUGCUCGAUGUCACUCCUCUGUCCCUCGGUAUCGAGACUCUGGGCGGUGUCUUCACCCGUCUGAUCAACCGCAACACCACCAUCCCCACCAAGAAGUCCCAGACCUUCUCUACCGCUGCCGACAUGCAGACCGCUGUCGAGAUCAAGGUCUACCAGGGUGAGCGUGAGCUCGUCAAGGACAACAAGAUGCUGGGUAACUUCCAGCUGGUUGGCAUUCCUCCUGCCCACCGUGGUGUUCCUCAGAUCGAGGUCACCUUCGACAUUGACGCUGACUCUAUUGUCCACGUCCACGCCAAGGACAAGUCCACCAACAAGGACCAGUCCAUCACCAUUGCUUCCGGCUCUGGUCUCUCCGAUGCCGAGAUCCAGAACAUGGUUGACGAGGCUGAGAAGUACGGUGAGGCUGACAAGGAGCGCAAGGCCGCCAUUGAGGCUGCCAACCGCGCCGACAGCGUCUUGAACGAUACCGAGAAGGCCCUCAAGGACUUCGAGGACCGUCUCGACAAAGCUGAGGCCGAGACCAUCCGUGAGAAGAUUGCCACCCUCCGCGAGUACGUUGCCAAGAACCAGUCUGGUGAGGGCACCGCUACCGCCGAGGAGCUCAAGGCCAAGGUCGACGAGCUCCAGACUGCUUCCCUGACCCUGUUCGACAAGAUGCACAAGGCUCAGAACGAGCAGCAGCAGCAGCAGCAGGGCGGUGAGCAGCAGGGUGAGAACAAGCAGUAA